AUGACACGGCUGCUGAACCGCCUCUUGAGCUGUUAUUAUAGAAUGGAGCGGCGUGAUUUCUCUACUGCUUAUGAAAUUGAGGAGUGCAGCACAGCAGAGGCUUCGCUGGGCUAGUCACAGCAGCAGCCGGGGGCUUGCAUUAGGAUGAUGCAAAAUUUGGGAUAAGAGACUUCACGCCCGCAUUGCAGCAGAGUGCAGACACCAGUCAGGAUCUGUGCCCCGGAGAGGAAAUGCUUUUGGGGAAAACACACAACGUGUAAACAGGCUGAUUUGCCAUAGAGUGAAAGGAUAACAAGCUGAGCAACUAUGUUCUUCACUAGGGCACAAAUAGUUCUUCUGUGCAUGUGCACCAUGACCAUGGGACAAGUAUUGAAACAAACAAAAUCCCCAAUUAUCUUCAACAAGCCAUUUAUAACUGUGUGGAAUGCUCCCACUGCAGACUGCAAAUCCUCCUUUGAUGUUGAUCUUAACUUGGGGAUUUUUGACAUAAUUGCAAACCAAAAUGAGUCAUUUAUUGGGCAGAACAUCACUAUAUUUUACGAAGAUAAACUGGGCUAUUACCCCCACUACACUAAAAGUGGGGUGUCUGUCAAUGGAGGCACUCCGCAGAACGCCAGUUUGAAGGAUCACAUUGCAAAGGCCAAGGUAGACGUGGAGACACUCAUACCGCAGAAAGAUUUUGACGGGAUGUCAGUCAUUGAUUGGGAGAGCUGGAGACCCUUGUGGUUCAGGGACUGGGAUCAGAAAGAUAUCUACCGUGAGAAAUCAAAGCAGCUGGUCCGUAUGCAACAUCCGGACUGGUCUGAUAGUCAAGUGGCAAAGCAAGCACAAAUUGAGUAUGAACGAGCAGCCAGAGCCUUUAUGGGACAGACCUUGAAGGUAUCAAAAGGCCUUAGGCCCAAGGGGCUGUGGGGCUACUAUGGUUUUCCUUGUUGCUACAAUGAUGAAUUUUCCAAACAUUACACCGGAAAAUGUCCGGAUAUUGAGAUGAAGAGGAAUGACCAGCUGGCGUGGCUGUGGAAGGAGAGCAUUGCAUUGUAUCCAAGCAUCUACCUCAGUGCCAAGCUUCGAUCAACACUGAGUGCACAGAGGUAUGUUCACUACCGAAUGAAAGAAGGCCUCCGUCUUGCUGAAAUGGGACUGAAUUACAGUUUGCCUGUCAUCCCCUACGCUCGGAUAGUGUAUGAAAACACCAUGGAAUUCCUAACUGAGAUUGACUUGGUCCACACCAUCGGAGAGAGUGCUUCAAUGGGAGCUGCAGGCAUUGUCCUUUGGGGAAACAAAGACUAUGCCCACUCACAGGAAUCUUGCCUGGCUUUAAAAGCCUACAUCAAUGGACUGCUGGGGACUUACAUUGUUAACGUAACCACUGCUGCAGUGCUCUGCAGUCAGCAUUUGUGUAGCAAUCAUGGUCGGUGCGUGCGAUCAGACCACAUGACCCAAGCCUACCUGCACCUGAACCCAAACUCCUUUGCCGUGAAGGUGAACCCAAUAGGCAAAGGGCCGCCAUUCUCCCUGUGGGGGCAGGCGUCCAAGAGGGAUGUGGUAGAGAUGGCUGACAACUUUCGGUGCCAGUGUUACAAUGGAUGGAUGGGGGCACAUUGUGAGAUCGCAAGUGAUACUAAUUAAUCUCUAUCCGGAUUUCAAGAUCUGACUAUAAUUUGUCUAUAAUUGUCUAUAAUUGUAAUGGCAACGAACUACAGUUGAUGGAUUCCCAAAGAAAUAUACAAAAUGCUGGGAUAACUCAGCGGGUCAGGCAGCAUCUCUGGAGAUCAUGUUUCCAGGUCAGGACCCUUCUUGAGAUCCACCAACGAGCACAGAACUUGAUCUGAAGAGGGGUCCCAACCCAAACCUUCACCUAUCCAUGCUUCUCCAGAGAUGCUGCCUGCCCUGCUGAGUUACUCCAGCACUGUGUCUUUCUUAUGUGCCUGGAAUUUAUCUAUUUCUAACCAGUUUUUCUGAAUUUACCAAUAUUAUAUCAAUUAUUGCCUCAAUCUGCUCAAUAUAUUGUUAUUUUCUGUUUUUUUUGUGGCAUGUAUAUCUGUAAGGUGAUAUAUCUUGUUAAAUGUGGUCCUUUAAAUUCCAACGCUCAUCAGUU